AAAUAGGCGAAAGUUCCUCUAGUUUAUAUCACAUUGCUUAUCUUUGUGUAUCUGAGAAAAGUUAGGGAAAGAACAGGAGAUUAAGGAAGUCCAACCAACUGUGCACACACAGCAUGCACUAUCUGCAUGUUGGUUGACAGAAUACAAAGUCCACCCAAAGACUGGUCUCUCUCUCUCUGUGUGAUGUUUCUGAAAGGGACAUUAGAUGUUUGAAUACACAUGUAAUGGUCAUUUACCUCUGUGUGCACAAUAGAAUACUGUUGAAGUAGUACAAGCAAGAGAAAUAGAGAAUUAAUGGAGUCUCAGAGAGUUGUAUAACAUGCAUCGUUUCUUAAAACUGCAGUAAACGUGAAAAUACAUCCCAUGAUAGUCAGGAUUACUUAUUGUGACUAUUCAAGAGUGCCUCAUGAAUAUUCAUAAACUUAAUGCUCUGCCAUUCUGUCCUUUCUCGUCUUUGCUUGGAAAUAAAAUAAUUCGCUGGGUCACUCAAGCCGAUUAGCUCAGGUAAAAUCUAUGCGAAUAAUAGCAAAGGUAUGUUUUUAUCACCUUAUGGAGAACUAGUCAAAUAUUGCGCGAACUGGUGGACUCUUGUGAAUUUAUGUAUCUGUUUAAACAUUCCUCGUUCCGGGCUCCGUGGACUCUGAUAUUUAAAAGAAAGAGAGAGAUUUCUGUAUGAAAGGAAUGCAGGCACUGUGGUUAUAAAACAUGGCACUCUUCUGAUGUGCACUCAGGUGUGAGAGGAAGCCCCAACCUCACCUGGGCAGCCAUAUUGGUCGCGUUUACACAUAGAAAAAACACGGGAUGAACUAACUCUCUUCGUUUAGAAAUGAGAUACGAGGAAUUGAGAUGUCAGUGAUUUGAUAAACACAGACUGUUUGUGUGUCUGCCUGUAAGUUGUCGAGGACUUCCAAACCUCCCAGUGACAAUGACAGACGGAAUGGGACUCAGGAAGCGCUACUUCAGGCCCAGCGACAAUUCUCUUGUCUCAGAGGAGUUGUCUAAUCGCCUGUCAAAGCUGAAUGACCUGAAAGGGAAAAAUGGGGUCAAAAGUACAAUGGUUAACCCAUAUUCGAAACCAGUCAAAAGAAAACCCAGUUUUGAGUCCAAGUAUGGCAAGGCGCCCUCAGAGCCGGACCAGCGGUCAGACAAUGCCUCACCCCUCACUUCAGCUGCUGGGAGGGUACCCCCUGUGUAUGAGGUCAGCCCAAGGACGCCCAGCUGUACUCCCAGUGUAACUGUUAACGGUGAUCAGACCCCUCCCCCUGUCCCCCCUCGGGCCCCAAUCAUCACUUCCUCAGAGACAGUAGUCGUGGAAACCAGCGUGCCUGGUAACCUUUCUUCCACGGCCCGACUUCAGGCACCCCCUAUGAUGGUUCAGCCGACAGGGGGACAGGUACUGAAGACCAACCCCACCACCCCCCAACAGUAUAUUGCCUUCAGUACAGUUCAGGUGGCGCAGUCGACGCCCCCACCCCAAUCCCAGAAUCCCCCAACAUCCUCCUCAUCUGGCAGCGGUCCGGUCACGCCCCAGAGAGGAAUGAGCCCAGUGGGUCGACAGCCAGUGAUUAUUCAGAACGCCAAGAGCCACCCAGUGCAUUACAACUCUAGUGCUAACAGUGCUGGACAGAACACUGGUAUAACAAUAAAGUGUCCGCCGCCUUAUAGUCAAAGUCAGACUACUAGAGCAGCCACAGUGAAAAUAUCUGGAAACAAUUUAAAUAGUGUUCAAAUAAAGUUACCGAAGCCACAGGGCUCCCAACCCCAACCUAUGCACACAUGGGGAGCGAAACAACAGCAGAUCGUGAUGCACGCGGUAGAGAGUGUGGCCGUUUCUAAACCUAUGUUACAGAUGGCGACCGGUCCUGGUCAGUCACCACAGAACCCCCAGACAACAUCGGGGAGCUACAUAUCGUCCUACCAGGCUCAGAUCAAUCCCACCAACAAUGGGAUUCCCUCUGCCUCUCAGCUCCAGGCGUCUAACAACAUACAGAUCCAGAUCACACGUCAGUCACCCCAGAUGUUGACCCCCGAGCAGUAUGCACACCUCCAGACCCAGGGAACCAAGCGGGGCCUUCAGACUCGUAUCAGCGGGGUUCCUCAGUACCCGAACCUCCAGUACGGAGGACUGUAUUAUAGGCCUGCCUCUGACACCCCCACCUCGACGCCGAGGUCAGACUCCCCGAAUUCUUCACGAGCAACGAAUCAGUCGCCCAUGUCUAUUCAUUCUACCACUUCCACCCCCUCCACGAACUCUGAUAUUCCGGACAAGCCCCCACCUCCGUAUCCUGGGCGGUCGGUGCAGGUGGUGCAGCCUAUACUUCAGCCUGUACCACAAUACAACCAGGCCCCCUCACAGUUUCAACACCUUCAUCAGUUACAACAUCAAAUCACUGCAAUGUCUACACAUGUACACCAGGGGUUUACUCCCCUGCAGGGUCCCCAUACAGUGGCACCCCCUGUGUAUCACAGUGAUAGCCCCCAGCCCCCCAUUCCUCCCCGUGUGCCUUUAGUGCAAGUGUCAGAAAAUUCUGAGGCUUCCCCUCCCCCAGUUCCCACCUCCAAACCAAAUGUAGGGGUGGGUCCACCGCCGAUACCACCCCCGCCCAACAAACAGACCCCUAAUGUGACUGUGAAUGGAAAUGGUGCCAACAAGGAGGACGAGACAGACGAGACUUUGUCAACGGUGUCUGAUGCAAGUAGUACUCAAGAGAAAACUCGCUGCACCUCACCGAUGCCGGAGAGGAAGAACGAGUUCAAAGACUGUGAUAGACUUCGCCCCGAGGGCAGGUUAAAAAACUACUCGCCCCAGGCCUUUAAGUUCUACAUGGAGCAGCAUGUAGAGAAUGUUCUGAAGGCGUGUAAGGAGAGGGUGACUCGCAGGUUUCAGUUGGAGCGUGAAAUGAACAAAGUGGGUCUCUCUGAAGAUGCUCAGCAACAAAUGCGUCGAAUGCUAAAUCAAAAAGAAUCAAACUACAUUAGGUUACGUCGUGCCAAAAUGAGAAGAGACAUGUUCGAAAAGAUCCAAACUCUUGGAGUUGGAGCUUUCGGGGAAGUUUCGUUAGUGCGGAAAAGGGACGUUGGUCACUUAUAUGCUAUGAAAACCUUACGGAAAAGUGAUGUGCUAAAACGAAAUCAAGUAGCUCAUGUGAAAGCAGAGCGUGAUAUUUUAGCGGAGGCGGAUAACGAGUGGGUAGUGAAGUUAUAUUAUUCCUUUCAGGAUCGUGAUAACUUAUACUUUGUGAUGGAUUACGUGCCGGGCGGCGAUCUGAUGGGACUUUUAAUCAAAUUCGGAAUUUUCAAGGAGGAUUUGGCGCAGUGUUACAUUGCUGAAUUAGUGCUAGCUAUUGAAAGUGUGCAUAAAAUGGGAUUUAUUCAUCGGGACAUCAAGCCGGAUAACAUUCUGAUAGACAAAGACGGACAUAUCAAGCUCACCGACUUUGGAUUGUGUACUGGCUUUCGUUGGACUCACAACUCCAAGUAUUACCAAAAAGAUGGGCUACAUCCACGUCAGGACUCCAUGGACGUUAGUUGUGCAAUGGAAGUAGAAUGUCGCUGUAACGAAAUACUCAAACCCCUAGAACGACGUCGCCAGCGCGAACGACACAGGUGCCUUGCUCAUUCCCUUGUAGGAACACCCAACUACAUCGCACCCGAAGUGCUACUGCGGGAGGGUUACACCUCCUGCUGUGAUUGGUGGAGUGUAGGAGUGAUAUUAUACGAGAUGUUAGUUGGUCAGCCUCCGUUCUAUGCAAACACACCGGCAGAAACCCAGUGGAAGGUGAUUCACUGGGAUGAAACACUAAAGAUUCCAGCGGAGGCUAACCUUUCCGAGGCUGCCAAGGACCUCAUUAUCAAGCUGUGUUGUAGCGCGGACAAGCGACUUGGUCGAAACGGGGCCACAGAAAUCAAGCGGCAUCCCUACUUUAAAGACAUUAAUUUCGAAGGCCUGCGCAAGUCACAGCCUCCGUGGAAACCAAAAAUAAAGCAUGCCAUGGACACCUCUUACUUUGACGAAAUAGACGGUAAAUUUGAUGAUGAUUCUGAUGAAGAAAUGCAGAAGCCCGAUCAUCCAAUAAAUGGAAAACAUCCGGAGCAUGCUUUCCUGGAGUUUACAUUCCGCAGGUUCUUUGAUGACGGAGGUCAUCCGUACCCAUCAAUGAAGGAAGACCCAUGUCCCCCUGUAGUGGACUUGAACCAGGACCCCCCAACCAGUAAAGACUCCUCCAGUGCACCGGUGUAUGUCUGAUAUCUGUGAAUAUCUGGUGCAAGUUUGUGAUAUCUAUUGAUGUCUGUUUGUCGUAUAUCCAUGUACGUCAGAUAUUAGCAUAUUCUAACAAUAAGUGGCACUAUCAGAAGUGCUUACUUUGGAGUCUUUUCAGGACGUUAGAAGCACCCAAAUUCUUAACUUGUAAUCACUUUGAAUUCGUAAACCAUAUCAUAACCUAUUAUUUAACUUGAAAGGAAUUUAAAUUUUUUAAGGAACAAUGUUUUUCAACUAUUGUGAACAAAGAAUAAAAAUGGGUGAAUUUUUUCUUACAAGGAUAAUUGGAAUGAGUCAUAUUUAGUAAGGAGGAGUGUCCUCCAUUUUUAUUGCCUGGUAAACUAAGGCCAUUAUGUCUGUGUCACGUCAUUUUGACGACUCGGGGCAGAUGCCUUUUGGUCAUAGAGGGGUGCACGAGGAACACACGUCUUUCAUUUAAUACAUUAUUAACAAGAAGUUAUUUGUUAAUCAAGGUCUUUCAAAUGUUUGUUUUGUAUUCUGUAUGUAGUGAAUCUAGUGUUGUAUAAACAAGACAGGGUGAUGCUAAUUAGUGGAAAGUACACCAUUGUACAAACAUUAUUAUAUUAAUAUAUAUAUCUAAUUCAUUCAAAAAGUUCACUGUUGACAAUUAAAGUAGAGAUAUUUUCUUUAUCAAUAAACUUAAAACGUGAAAAGAAUCUUGUAUGUAGAUAUUAAGAAAACAUUGUUUUUAUGGUGGGAGAAAAUACUGAGAUUUCGGAACAUCGAAACGAUGGGAAUAUUUUAAGGGCUUAGCAAGACGACUUCUUUAUAUUCAAGUCACAAAAAAGGCAAAGAUUGGUCACAAUCAUGUAGAAAUAUUACACAUGAAACAGGAUUUCUGAGAAUCGACUCGCUGUGGUCGUACCUGAGGAUGCUAGAACCUCACUCUGUUGUGUACUCUGCUAUUUUAUGUUCUUUAUUUGGAAAGAAUUUGGAAUUUUACAAGAAUCCCUAAUGCAGCAAUGCUAAUAGCUUUUUAUAUAAAACUAAAGAUAUUGUUCAAUAGCAAUCAGAGAGAGAGAGAGAGAGAGGAGAGAGAGAGAGAGAGGAGAGAGAGAUGGUUGUGUUUUGAUUAAAUGUUAAGUUUGAAUGUAUUGUUGAUUUUUUAUCAUGUUCUCCCUAUAGGAGAGGUGAAUUUGUUGCCUUAGUAUUUUUGCAUUGUUUAUGAAUGGGGCAUUAGGGGCUUUGUGACUGCUAUUGAACAACUAUUUCCCCCCAAACCCCGUUCCCAUUCACCCCCUCCUAACCUCAUGAUCAUUGUAAAUACUCAUCCUAUCAUUAUUAUGUAAAGUUGUGAUAUAUAUCUUUUUAAGCUUAGAGCUUAUGAUGAACGACAAGGUGCAUUAUCUGUAGAUUUCAGUGUUUUUUUAUUUAUGUACAGAGGUGAAUGCAAAGCAUCCUGGGAUUGUACAGAUGUGGUCAAAAGUGUAAAUAUUGUACAGUGUAAAACUAAAAUGUCCGACCACAUUAUUGUCUGAGGGUAUGUACAGAACUAAACAAAACUAUAAAGGGAAUAUGUAAAGUAUACUGGCAAUAUUCUCAAAUAAAAUAUAAAAAUCUGA